AUGGAGAGAACACGGAUUGCCAAGGUUGAAAAUGUGACCUUGGCGCGUCGUGGCGAACAGGUUAGCGGUACACUCCACCUCACCCCUCACCAUAUUAUAUUUUCGCACAUACCUCUGCCCCGGGACGAUGCGCAAGCCCAAAGUACACCUGUACGGCCUAAGGAGCUUUGGAUUACAUAUCCUAUAAUUGCCUUUUGUACCUAUCGCCCUACCCCUGCCGCUUCCCGUCAGCCGUCGUCAAUCCGCCUACGGUGCCGAGAUUUCGCGUUUGUAUGCUUCUACUUUGCAAACGAGAGCAAGGCCCGUGAUGUAUACGAAAGCAUCAAAUCAUGGACAUGCAAGGUGGGCCGAAUCGACAAACUCUAUGCAUUUGCCUACCAGCCUCCUCCUCCCGAGCGUGAAUUUAACGGCUGGGAGUUGUAUGAUCCACGGAAAGAGUGGACUCGACAAAAUGUGGAUCAAGAUGGCCAUGGGUGGCGUAUUUCCCAGAUAAAUUCGGACUAUGGGUUUUCCCCGACGUAUCCCGCUGUUUUCCCCGUGCCGUCCGCUAUUUCUGACAAUACCCUCAACUAUGCCGGACGCUAUCGCUCGAGGGCAAGAGUACCCGUCUUGACAUAUCUUCAUCCCAUUAACAACUGUUCAAUCACCCGGAGUUCGCAACCCCUGGUCGGCGUGCGUCAGAACCGAAGCAUUCAGGACGAGAAGUUGUUAGCCACUAUAUUUUCAACAUCUCGCUCAGACAGACCGCUAGCUGGCUUCAACACGCCACAUCUGGAGAGCGAGUCAUCGACUUCCACGCAAGGUGAUACACAUUCUCUGAUCGGGUUCGAUCUGACGAAUGUCGAGGAGUUGGAGGAUGAGAUGUUGACCUCGUUCCAACGUGAAAAUUCCGAGGAAAAGCCUCAGAUAUAUGGGGCUCAGCAGAAUAACUUGAUCGUAGACGCGCGGCCAACUGUCAAUGCAUUUGCUAUGCAGGCCGUUGGUCUUGGCUCGGAAAAUAUGGACAACUACAAGUUUGCCACUAAAGCGUAUCUUGGGAUCGACAACAUCCAUGUAAUGCGAGAUUCUCUGAACAAAGUGAUUGAUACGCUGAAAGAUUCCGAUGUCACUCCACUGGGACCAAAUAAGGAUCAGCUUGCGCGAAGUGGCUGGCUGAAGCAUAUUUCUGGCAUUUUAGACGGUGCGGGCUUGAUUGCUCGCCAGGUUGGGUUGCAGCAUUCGCAUGUGCUGAUCCAUUGCUCCGACGGUUGGGAUAGGACAAGCCAGCUAAGCGCACUAAGCCAGCUAUGUCUCGACCCCUAUUAUCGGACCAUGGAAGGUUUCAUGGUGUUGGUGGAAAAGGACUGGCUCUCCUUUGGACAUAUGUUUCGACACCGAUCUGGCCAUUUGAAUAGCGAGAAAUGGUUCCAGAUUGAGAACGAAAGGAUUGGAGGGGACUCUAACCGUGGAUUUGGUGAUUCUGGGGCUGCUGGUAAAGCCAUUGAAAAUGCUUUUCUUAGCGCCAAAGGGUUUUUCAACCGGGACAACACGAGUCGUGAUUCGCUUCCCGAGUCGGAGGGAGAGAUGCAAAGUUACGACCCUGAUAAUCCUGGUCCCAAGAAACCCAGCUCGGCACCGAGAUCGACCUCCUGCGAGAAAGAGGUGACCAAGGUGAAGGAGACCAGCCCUGUCUUCCAUCAGUUCCUAGAUGCAACUUACCAGAUGCUGUAUCAAUACCCAACACGGUUUGAGUUCAACGAACGCUUCUUACGGCGUCUACUUUACCAUCUCUACUCGUGUCAAUUUGGUACGUUCCUCUUUAACAACGAGAAAGAACGCGUGGAAUAUAAAGCAAAAGAGCGAACUCGGAGUGUGUGGGAUUACUUUCUCGCACGUAGAGAACAAUUUGUCAACCCACAGUAUGACCCUGUUGUUGACGACCAUAAACGGGGUAAAGAGCGGUUGGUUUUCCCGCGGCUCAACGAAGUCCGAUGGUGGAGCGAGGCAUUUGGUCGAACCGAUGCGGAAAUGAACGGCGCCCGUUCUGCUAGUGCUACUGCACCUGUCAGUCGCGACAGCUCGAGUGUACGGGCACCAGUGCUGACGGGAAUCGAAACUGCGCAUCAUUCUGUCGGAAGUGGAAUGCCAAGUAGGGAGUCUCGUGGCGUUAUUUCUACCGGGAUGGUGGAUGAGACGUCGGAGAUGUCCAACUUGAAUUUCUCAAAAACCCAAGACAAUGGCGAGGGUCCGAAGACUAUAGGUCAGAUGGAGGUUGAGAUGCGAUAA